GCCAGAUAGACGCCCCAGGGACCCUGAGACCGAGGCCCUAAUCCUUCAGCAGCUAUGGGAGUUCAUCCCGAGGUAACGCAGAAGCCUUGUUUGAGGGUCCAGAUCUUGCUUAAGAGGGUCAGGGCCUUAUUUAGAAAAGCUCCACCCUGAUUCCCGCCCCCAACCCAUCCCCACCCCCACCUGCAUCCUGGAACCCAGGGUGCACACAUGUGUGUGAGUAUGUGUUUGGACACACGGGUGAAAACAAACCUGAACAUCCUCCAUUGGAGCAGGUUCUUGAUACAGGAGAGCAGCUGAUGGUCCCUGUGGAUGUCUUGGAAGAGGAAAACAAAGGGGCCCUGUGGAAGUUUCUGCUCUCAGGAGCCAUGGCUGGGGCAGUGUCUCGCACAGGGACAGCCCCUCUGGACCGAGCCAGGGUAUACAUGCAGGUGUACUCUUCCAAGAGUAACUUCAGGCACCUGCUGAGUGGCCUGCAGAGCCUGGUCCAGGAGGGAGGUGUCCGUUCGCUCUGGCGGGGCAAUGGCAUCAACGUGCUCAAGAUCGCCCCCGAAUAUGCCAUCAAGUUCUCCGUGUUUGAGCAGUGUAAGAAUUUCUUCUGCGGUGUGCAGGGCUCCCCGUCCUUCCAGGAGCGGGUGCUCUCGGGCUCCCUGGCUGUGGCCAUCUCCCAAACUCUCAUCAACCCCAUGGAGCCUCCCCAGUGCUGGGAUAAGAGUGUGUUAACCACGCCUGGGUUUAAACUUUUCUUGGAAAAGCUUGACAGCCUCAAGUAUUAUGUUACGGUACUCAAGACUCGGCUGACCCUUCGCUUUACCGGACAGUAUAAAGGACUUCUGGACUGUGCCAGGCAGAUCUUAGAACGGGAUGGCACCCGAGCCCUGUACCGAGGCUAUCUGCCCAAUAUGCUGGGUAUCAUACCCUAUGCUUGCACUGACCUGGCUGUCUAUGAGCUACUCCGGAGUCUGUGGCAGACGUCGGGCAGGGACAUGACGGACCCCAGUGGCCUGGUCAGCUUGUCAUCUGUAACACUGUCCACAACCUGUGGCCAGAUGGCCAGUUACCCACUGACUUUGGUGCGCACACGGAUGCAGGCACAAGACACUGUGGAAGGCUCCAACCCCACCAUGCUGGGAGUCUUCAGGCGGAUACUGAGCCAACAGGGCUGGCCUGGGCUGUACAGAGGCAUGACGCCCACAUUACUGAAGGUGUUGCCAGCAGGCGGCAUCAGCUACCUGGUGUACGAAGCCAUGAAGAAAACCCUGGGUGUACAAGUCCUGAGCAGAUGACAUGCCCCUAACAGGAAGAGAAUGGAAGACCCAGUGUCCCUGGGUCUCAGAAAGCCCCCACCAAGGCUCAGGCUUUAGGGCCAUUUUGGUUUGCAAAAACCAUCCAGGACUAGGGUUAGAAGUGCUCGGAUUCCCUCCUGCAAGAUACAGUCUGAGUUGAGAUUCCAGCCGGGUGUUUGCAGGCUCGUCCAACAGAAGGUGUGGACAAAGAAUAAAGAUAGUUUUGGCUGUCUCUUA